AUGAAUCAUAAGAUGACUUGUUGGGUCCCUUUAUUAAUAGCUUCAGUAUGGCUAAGUUCAAGAAUGAGCACGUUGGAGGGUCGUCAUGUGUCAAAUAAUUUUCAUCCUCUUGUGAGUAAUGAUGAUUCAGAAGGAACGAGAUGGGCUGUGCUUGUCGCUGGUUCCAAUGGGUUUGGAAAUUAUAGGCACCAAGCUGAUAUUUGCCAUGCUUACCAAAUAAUGAAGAAUGGUGGCCUUAAAGAUGAAAAUAUCAUUGUAUUCAUGAGUGAUGACAUCGCCAAUAAUGAAGAAAACCCAAGGCCUGGCGUUAUAAUCAAUCAUCCCAAUGGUUCAGAUGUUUAUAAAGGUGUUCCUAAGGACUAUACCGGAAAUUACACAAGUGCGGAAAACUUAUACGCCGUAAUAAGUGGGAACCAAAGUGCUAUUACGGGAGGCAGUGGUAAGAUGCUGAAUAGUGGUCCGAAUGACACCAUUUUUAUUUACUAUGCUGACCAUGGUGGACCAGGCAUCAUUGGUAUGCCAGUUGGGGAUUUCGUUGUGGCCAAUGAUUUUAUAGAUGUAUUGAAAAGCAAACAUGCGGCUAACGCCUAUAAAAAGAUGGUAAUAUACUUGGAAGCAUGCGAAUCUGGGAGCAUGUUCGAAGGGAUUCUUCCAGAAAACAUAAACAUAUAUGUAACCACCGCUUCCAAUGCAAAUGAGAGCAGUUGGGGUUGUUACUGCCCUGGAGAUCCCACCUAUCCUCCUCCUCCUGAGUUUCAAACUUGCUUGGGAGAUUCUUAUAGCGUUUUAUGGAUGGAAGACAGCGACAAAAAUGAUAGGACAAAAGAAACUUUGCAACAACAAUAUGAAACUGUUCGCGAGAAAACAUUAGAUUGGGAGGCAAAAGGUUCUCAUGUGAUGCAAUAUGGAAACAAAAACUUCACCGAUGAUUUUCUAGUAACCUACAUUGGUGCAACCGGAGUGAGUACCAGUACAAAUGCAUAUCCUUCCUCUGCUACCCCGACAAAAUUUGUCGACCAACGAGAUGCACUUCUCCACUAUCUUAGCCACAAGUUCAAAAACGCUCCAGAAGGAUCAAAAGAAAGGAUGGAAGCUCAAAAGGGGUUAAUAGAAGAAAUAGCUCAAAGGGAGCACGUGGACAAUAGCGUGAAGGCCAUUGCAGAUCACUUGUUUGGAGAAGAAUACAGAGCAUCAGUGAUCUCAAGUGUUCGUCCAUCAGGCCAACCUCUUGUGGAUGAUUGGGAUUGUUUUAAGAAUUAUAUAAAAAUUUAUGAGAGCUAUUGUGGUGCCCUGUCAACGUAUGGAAGGAAAUACACCAGGGCCAUUGCUAACAUAUGCAAUGCUGGCGUUUCUCAAGAGAAAAUGGUUGUAGCAUCUUCUCUAGCUUGCCCCUAG